AUAUGGACAUUUACCCGAUUUCUGUAGGAGCAGUCUCUAGAUAUGACUCAGCCUCCUUUAGUUUAAGUCAACAAUGGCCAUUUUUAGCUCAUUUUAUCAUCCACCAGGCAAAAAUCUGAUUUUUUUAAGGUUUAGCACACCUCUCCAAAACAAGUUGCAUGAAUUAAAGUAUCAACAGAUGUAUGCACAACAAAGUUGAUUACUCAGGGUUAGGGGUUUGUUCUAAUCACUAACACUAAUAUAAGCAACAGAAAUAGUGAUCUUGCCUUAACAAACACCACAAAUGAAAUUACUCUUGGAGUACAAAAGGGAAAAGCGAAGGGAAUGUUUUGGGGCGAAUACACGUUGAAGCAUGUCCUGAAGACCUGACCACAGUUCCCUCAAACACAUGACUCAAACGGUCUAUCACAAACACACAGUGAAACUGGCACAUCAACAUCCACAUGAUUCAGCAGGCCUUGAGAUGACGGUACUAGACAAACGUCAUGCCAUUUGCUCAGAAAUAGCCCCACCAUCAUAUCGAGCAUGACACUGCCUGCUGUUCCAGUAUAAGAGGAAAUUGCAGUGGUGCGUUGAAAGGCCUGUACGGGCCUGUACGCUGCAGUUCUUUGCGACGGUGUGAAAGAACUAUCUGGUGUGGGCUUUUACAACUUCACCCAGGCUGAGAGAAGCUUCACUGUAAAGGAAACGAUAACUGUAAGAAAAACAUGACAACGCUACAAAUGGAUGGAAAGGAAGUUUUGUCUUGAAGUGACAUUGGAAACAUCACUACAGCAACGCUAUAAGAAGGGCGAAUGUAAACAGGAAGUGGAGCUUAUGAAAAUAGCAACACUUAAAGGAAGUCCAGAAGGGCUUAGGAGCUUUAACUGACUUCUGCUUUUUUUGGAGAAGAGACUGACGGGAUCUGACGUGCUAUAGCUCUCGCUGUCCUCUGCGCUAUAGGACAAUAACGAGAUGUCAAACACACGGGUGCAAAUCUCUGAAUCACACAUGGACUCUUUCUGUUUAAAAGCUGUGAAACUUCACAAGAAAAUAAAGUGUGUUAAUAGUACUUGUCAAAUCUGUGUAGCUUUUGUGUCUGAUGGCAUUUCAACAACUGAGCGCAAAACUUUUCUAGACUAACAUAGAAGGGGGGACCCAAAACAUAGGUCUAGAAACCAGAAUAUCAUAGAGACUUGAGGGUGGCCAGAACUCCUUAGCAACCAAGUAGCCACACUCUAGCAUCCAUGCAAAACGUCCUAGCAACUGUAUAUCAGUGCAUUAUUAACACCUACAACACCCUAGCAGCCACAUAGGGACACAUUAAAAACCACCCAGAACACCUUAGCAACCACCUAGCUACACCCUAGCAAAAGUAUAGCAAUGCACUAAUAACACAAACAACACCGUAGCAAUCACAUAGCAACACAUUAUAAACCACUCAAAACACCUUAGCAACCACCUUGCUUCUCUCUAGAAACCAUCCAGAACACCCUUGUAACCACACGGCAAUGUACUAAAAACACCCACAACACCCUAGCUACCGGAUAGCAACACAUAAACCAGCUAGAACACCCUAGUAUCAACCAUCUAGAACACACAAGCAACCUCAUAGAAAUGCAUUAAAAACACCCACAACACCCUAUCAACCGCAUAGAAACACAUUCAAAACCACACAUAACACCUUAGCAACCUCCUAGCUACACCCCAGCAACCAUCCAGAACACCCUGGAAACCACAUAGCAAUGCACUAAAAACAUCCACAACACCCUAGUAACCGCAUAGAAACACAUUAUAAACCACCUACAACAACCUAGCAACCAUCCAGAACACACUAGCCACCGCAAAGCACUAAAAACACCCACAACACCCUAACAACUGCAUAACAACACAUUCAAAACCACCCAGAACACCUUAGCAACCACCUUGCUUCUCUCCAGCAACCAUCCAGAACAACCUGGUAACCACAUAGCAAUGCACUAAAAAUACCCACAACACCCUAGCUACUGGAUAGCAACACAUAAUAAACCAGCUUAAACACACAAGCAACCACAUAGCAAUGUAUUAAAAACACCCACAACACCCUAGCAGCCGCAUAGUAACAGAUUCAAAACCACCCAUAACACCUUAGCAACCUCCUAGCUACACCCCAGCAACCAUCCAGAACACACUAUCAACCACAAAGCAAAGCACUAAAAACACCCACAACACCCUAACAACUGCAUAACAACACAUUCAAAACCACCCAGAACACCUUAGCAACCACCUGGCUACACCAUAGCAACCAUCAGAACACCCCAGCAACUGUAUAGCAGCACACUGAUAACACCCACAACACCCUAGCAACCACAAACAAUACAUUAAAAACUACUUAGAACACACUAGCAAACAUCCAGAACACCCUAGCAACUGCAUAGUCAUGCACUACAAACAACCACAACACUGUAGCAAACGCAUAGCAAGACAUUAAGAAUCAUCCAAAACACCAUAGAAACCACCCAACUACACCCUAGCAACCAUCCAGAUCUCCCUGGCUACCAUCCAAAAGACACUGUGAAAGAGGAGCCGCACAACAGAUCAGCCGUUCACGAGUGUUUAGGAGAAGUUCUGCGUGUCUUGCGGCAGGUAAUCAGCACGUAUCCUCUGCUCAACACUGUGGAAACGCUCACCGCAGCAGGCACUCUUAUCUCAAAGGUCAAAGGGUUCAGCUAUGAAUGCACCACUGAUGCUCAAAAGAAAGAUUUUGAGAAGGCCAUCGAGACCAUCGCUGUGGCCUUCAGCAGCAAUGUUUCAGAGUUGUUGAUGGGAGAAAUCGACAGCACAACUCUCCUGUCAUUACCACCGACAGAAAAGAGCAGGUCUAUGGAGGAUCUGUACAGAGUGUCUUCAGCUCAGGGCUCUGAUGGAGGAGGCAAAUAUGACCAGCUGGAUUGCACAGUGAGUCCACAGGAAGUUGAUAUUCUCCUGCAGCGCAGUGAAGGCGGAGUCGACUCGGCUCUAAAUUACGCCAAAUGGAUCGCUAAAUAUAUGAAGGACAUCAUCAACUACAUAGACAAGAGAAUCGCUCUUGAGAACGAGUUUUCAAAAGGUCUUCAGCGACUCUGUCAGUCCAGCAAACAGAGCAUCACACAGGAACACAUGCCGUUGUUGUCUAUCUUCUCUCUGGCUCUUGAGCAGGACUCAGAACAGAGCUCUGGUUUACAACAGGCCACAAACAACAUCUACACACACACUUUUCUACAGCCAAUGACACAGCGCAGACAGGAACACGAGAAGAAACGCAGAGAUAUUAAGGAACACUGGCAGAGAGCCAAGAGAAAACUGGCCGAUGCAGAGAGUAACCUGCGUAAAGCACGUCAGCUGUACAUGAGUCGCUGCGAGGAGUACGAGAGAGCUCGGAUGGCGGCCAAUAGAGUUGAAGAGGAACAAAGCGGAACAGGAAGCGGCUCGACCACUAAAGCUCUGGACAGGAAGAGACGACUGGAGGAGGAAGCACGCAACAAGGCGGAGGAGACAGAAGCAACGUAUCGCACCUGCAUCGCAGACGCCACGACUCAGCAGCAGGAGUUGGAGGACAUGAAGGUGAACGUGCUGAAACAGAUUCAGGAACUCAUCAGACAGACAGACCAGAUACUGCGAGCGUGCACCAUCUCGUACUAUCAGACGAUGCACGUGCAGACCGCAGCUUUGCCGGUUCAUUUCCAAACGCUGUGCGAGAGCUGUAAACUGUACGAUCCCGGUCAGCAGUAUGCCACUUACGUCAAAAACUUGCAGCUCACCACAGAACUGCCCGUACAGUUCCAGUUUGAGCCGUACUCGGCCUCCGGCCACCAGCUUGUUCGGACCCGGAACAACGGCCUCUCUAGGCAGAGCAGCUCUGAAGCCCCACCUACUUCAGAGGAGGCAGGAUUUGGAGAAGGGGGUGUGGUUAAACCAAGACGAGGUCAAGGUAGAGAUCAUCAUCAGGCUCAUAAGUCGUGGCCGUCCACACUGAGUGACACAGACAGUGUCGGUGUAGCGAGUGGAUUGGGCUCCCCGACAUCCAGUACAGGAGACAUCUCAAAACCUUCAAGGCCAGUGUCUGCUACUACACUGUCAUCCAGUGAAGAUUUAGAUGACAGAGAUGGAGCCAUAACUCCGUUUGAACAAAGUAUAAAUGGCAUCGAACCGGAGAGCUCGGCCCCCACUGGACCAUUCAGAAAUGUUGGAUUAUCUAAAGCAGCAAAAACCCAUCGUCUGCGCAAACUCCGAACACCAUCAAAGUGCAGAGAGUGCGACAGCUACGUUUAUUUCCAGGGUGCAGAAUGUGAGGAGUGUUUCUUGGCGUGUCAUAAGAAGUGUCUGGAGUCGCUGGCGAUUCAGUGCGGUCAUAAGAAACUUCAGGGUCGCCUGCAGCUCUUCGGCCGUGAUUUCUCUCAGGUCAUGCAGGGCGACAAGGAGGGUGUACCCUUCAUCAUUAAGAAAUGCAUCACUGAGAUCGAGAGGAGAGCGCUCAGAAUGAAGGGAAUCUAUCGUGUGAAUGGAGUGAAGACCCGUGUGGAGAAGUUGUGUCAGGCGUUUGAAAACGGUAAAGAGCUGGUGGAGCUUUCUCAAGCGUCUCCACACGACAUCAGCAACGUGCUUAAACUCUACCUCAGACAGCUCCCAGAACCAAUCAUGCCGUUCCGGAUGUAUAAUGAUCUGAUGGGACUGGCGAAGGAAAGCCUGCAGUCAUACUCAGAGGCGGGUGAGGGGGUCAAGGGGCCGGAGCUGGUGGAUCGAGGGUCAGAAACAGAACCGGAGGUGCAGACGCUGGUAGAGAAACUCAGAGAGCUGCUGAAGAGGCUUCCUCAAGCUAACAUCGCCCCACUGAAAUACAUCGUUCAGCACCUGCGCAGAGUAUCUGAACUGGAGCAGGAUAAUAAAAUGAGCGCCAGUAAUUUAGGUAUUGUGUUCGGCCCGACGCUGAUGAGACCCAAACCCACCGGGGCGACGGUGUCUCUCUCAUCUCUGGUGGAUUACCCUCAUCAGGCUCGCAUCAUUGAAGCUCUGAUCAUCUUCCAACACAACAUCUUCAUCUCCACUGACACGCCAUCAUCCUCCUCCUCGCUCACCUCUCCAACACAGUGCCAGGAAUAUGAGACUGAAACUCAUGAAGAGAAAAACAGAGCCGAUCUGGAAUGUGGUCAUUCAGUGGGUUCGUCUGGUUCUCAGGACCGAUCUCUGGACUCGGACUCUGAUGGAGACGAUCUGGAGAGAGGAGGUAAACGACACCCCCCUCUGGUGAGUCAGGAGAGCGAGACCAGCACUGAGGAAGACCAGCUGAGUCCCAGAGUGAGUCUGGACCUGAGCGGACUCGUUCCAGAGACCAUCCCAGAGCAGACCAGCGGUACAGAAGAUACAAACACUGAGCAGACCUCAGAACAGAUAGGAAUUUAAAGAGAUCAAAAUUCAUGCCAACAAUUACCAAACAGCAGAGGAAUAAUAUUAAAAAUGAAAACUGUUAUCAUUUACUCACCCUUAUGUUGUUCCAAACCCGUAGGAUUUUCGUGGAACACAAAAGAUGUUUUGAAGAAUGUGCACAAAGAAAGUCAUACGGGUGAAAGACAUGAGGGUGUUUUUUUAUUUUUGGGUGAACUGUCCCUUUAACUGUUUAUUUUACGGUCUCUGUAUUAAAGUGUAAACGCUUUUAGAAGGUGUAAGAAUAAAACACCACAACGGAUAUCUGACGGAAUUAAGUGUAUGUUUAGUACGUUAUACUGUAGGGGAAUAUACUGUAUAUGAUACAGUGUCCAAAUAGCCGAUGAUGGACAUUAUUUGCAGCUUUCUGUAUUUCCUGAAUGUAAUUAUAUGACUGUGCUCUAUUCUACAUGGACCAUGAUGUUCUCAGCUCAUCUAAGCAUAUCAUUUGGAAAGAAAAUAAUCUACAGUAUAUAAUAAGAAUACAAAUUUCCAAAAAUAUACAUUAUUAUUAUUUAAUAAGAUCCCAAGGUAAAAGUACAUUUGUUAAGUUCCCGUAUAGUUUUUGACAUUAAUGUCAAGGAUGUGUCUCUUUUAGGAACUAGUAACAUUUGUAUUAUUAAAUAUAUAUUAUAGGGGGGCCUGGGUUGCUCAGCGAGUAUUGACGCUGACUACCACCCCUGGAGUCGCGAGUUUGAAUCCAGUGACUCCAGCCAGGUCGCCUAAGCAACCAAACUGGCCCAGUUGCUAGGGAGGGUAGAGUCACAUGGGGUAACCUCCUCGUGGUCACUAUAAUGUGGUUCUCGCUCUCGGUGGGGCACGUGGUGAGUUGUGCGUGGAUGCCGCGGAGAAUAGAAUGAAGCCUCCACAUGCGCUAGGUCUCCACGGUAACGCGCUCAACAAGCCAUGUGAUAACUGAGAUUCGUCCGCAGCCACCCGGAUUGAGGCGAGUCACUACGCCACCACGAGGACUUAGAGCGCAUUGGGAAUUGGGCAUUCCAAAUUGGGGAGAAAAAAACAAAAUAUUUAUUAUAAUUUCAAACCAUGUUUUGUUUUUUAAAUGGCCUUUCUGUUCAUUCUAAGUGUGUGUAUGAGUUUGCAGUCCCAGUGUAACAGCCGUACUGCUGGUCAGUGUGCUGGUUUUAAUGGUUGUAAAAACAUUCAGCAUUUUUUUUUAAAGAGACACUGUCGCGUCUGUUCAAGGAUGUUUAUUUUCCUUCCAUUCAUCCACUUUUAAGUGUCUGUUUCAUUACUGAUGUUAAAUUGCAGGAGGGCUGUACAGUGUAACUGAAUAUUAAGACAGCCCUGUGACUGGAAUGUUUAUCAUUAAAGGAAUAUUCCGGGUUCAAUAAAAGUGAAGCUCAAUGGACAGCAUUUGUGGCAUAAUAUUGAUUUGCACAAAAAUGUAUUUCGACUCAUCCCUUCUUUAAAAAAAGCAAAAAUCUGUGUUCUGGGGGGCCCUGGGUAGCUCAGUAAGUAAAGACGCUGACUACCAUCCCUGGAGUCACGAGUUCGAAUCCAGGCCGUGCUGAGUGACUCCAGCCAGGUCUCCUAAGCAACCAAACUGGCCCGGUUGCUAGGGAGGGUAGAGUCACAUGGGGUGACCUCCUCGUGGUCACUAUAAUUUCUUGCUCUCGGUGGGGCACGUGGUGAGUUUAUGUGGAUGCCGCGGAGAAUAACGUGAAGCCUCCACAUGUGCUACGUCUCCACGGUAACACGCUCAACAAGCCACGUGAUAAGAUGUGGCGGAUUGACGGUCUCGGACGCGGAGGCAACUGAGAUUCGUCUUCCACCACCCAGACUGAGGCGAGUCACUACGCCACCACGAGGACUUAGAGCGCAUUGGGAAUUGGGCAUUCCAAAUUGGGGAGAGAAAAAAAAAAGCUUAAAUCAGUGUUCCAGUGAGACUCUUACAAUGGAAGUCAAUGGGGUCAAUCUGCAAACUUUAAAAUACUCACUGUUUCAAUAGUAUAGACACAAGAAAUAAACAAUGUGUUAACAUGAUUUUACUGUGAUUAAAUCACUUACUAACCACAUCUGUGUAAAGUUAUUAAAGUUUUACAGUUGUA